CGUGGAGUCUGGAGAAAGAUGGCUGCGGGACGAAGGGAGAGGUUGAGAAAUCUCAGAUUCGCUGUUUGAGGACUGACAGGUUACGGUAGUGGACGAGGAGGAAAACUGCGUUCGCUCGCGUGUGUGUGGAGGAGUAGGCGUAUCGGUAUGGAGUAUAGUGCCGAUAGCAAACUGGAUGACAGGGAGUGCAGACAAACCUCGCAUGCUCACACACUGAUCACUGGUGUUCAGUGACUGUUGUUGCAAUCCUCGGCAGGAUCCAUCCCUUUCUAUGCUUUUACCUCUUUUAUUUCUUCAAGCUGGACUCUUCGUCACUUGAUUUUUAGACACCUUUUUUGUGAGUCACUUUACCUCCCUCCCCACCCCCUUUUCCCUUUUUUCCUCCCUCUCUAUACUUUCCCCCCUUUCCCCCUUUAUUCUUUCCCUGUUGACCUCUUGAAUAAGUUUGGAUCAGCCUGUGUGCUAAAAUGAGCUGGCUGAGUAGAUUAAAUCCAAGGGGUCCAGGCACUAGGACCGGUCGACAUGCAGCCCCGUCUAGCCCAUGCACUGCCGACCCUGAGACCUGUCUGAUGGUGUUUGAGAACCACUGGAGACAGGUGUCAGGGGUGUUGAAACAUAGAGAGUCUUCAGUUGGUGGUUUUGCAGAUGAUCUCACAGCGGUUCGCAAUCACACAGAUCAGAUGCUGUGCCUGCUAGCUGAAGAGAGACCAGCAGGGGGAGACAUUGAAUCACCAGCAAUGGGUCCUAUUCUGGAGAUGGUGGUGGCGGAGAACAUACUGGAAGAGUUGGUACAGUGGCAUGUGCGCCGUGGGCUGGAUCCGGACAGUCAGCUGGAGCUGUUGAAACUGUUCGAGAUGCUGAUCGGACAGUCACAUCAGCCCCUGCUCCUGCACAGUGCAGUCCUGCAGCCACUGCUAAGCCUGCUGGGAGCGUGUGUGGAUCCCCAGAUGGGCUGCCCUCCUGCCCUCGAGUCCAGCCUCGUACUGCUGCUAAAUCAGGUGUGUGUGUCCAUGGCAAAGGAAACUGCAGUUUUGGAGUUGUUAUUUAGGUGUGGUUCAGUUCAGCAAGGUCCCACAAACCUGCUGAUCUUCUCCCUGUUGGUGCCAUUUAUACAUCGAGACGGUGCACUGGGGCAGCAGGCACGUGACGCGCUGCUCCUCGUCAUGGCAACCUCUGCCAGCAACCAUGCUGUGGCACGGCACAUCACUGAGAACUCCUACUUCUGCCCUGUUCUAGCAACAGGGCUGAGUGGACUGUAUUCUUCCCUGCCACGGAAGAUUGAGGUACGGGGCGAUGACUGGCAUGCCCUGCGGAGGGAGGACUGGAUGGGCGUCUCCUCUCUGGUGUUGUUCAUGAACAGUCUUGAAUUCUGCAACGCUGUAGUGCAGGUGGCACAUCCUCUUGUUCGCUGCCAACUCCUUGACUACCUCCACAACGGCUUCCUGGUGCCAGUCAUGGGCCCUGCUCUGCACAAGUCGUCGGUGGAUGAGAUGAUCGCAAGCACGGCAUAUCUGGACUUGUUUUUACGCUGUAUCACAGAAACUUCCCUUCUCAAGACCUUCCUGCGCUUUAUUCUGUUGCAUCACCAUGACAACGACACCAUCCUUGAUACACUACUCACACGCAUCAGCAGCAAUUCACGGCUGUGCAUGGUCUCUCUGAGUCUGUUCAAGACAUUGCUCAGCCUCAACUGUGAAGACCUCAUGCUCCAGCUUGUUCUCAGGUAUCUGUUGCCAUGCACACAUGUAAUGCUUAGUCAGCGGAGAGCAGUCAGGGAAACAGACCUCUACGGCAAAUCAGCUGACAAGUUCCUUUCCCUCAUACCUGAAUGCUGCCGAAUCACUUCAGCACCCUCUGGUGAGCGGGAUGAGGAACCUGCCUUUUGGGGCAAGGUGUUGGGAAGUCCCACUUCAGAGUCACCAGUACACCCCAGACCCAGCACUCCUUCCCGCCUUGCUCUCUUUAUUCGUCAGCAAAGCUCAGGAGGCCAAGCCAACCCUUCCUCAUCUGGUUCAGAAAAUGCUCCUUCUUCUCCUCGUGGUAGUAUUUCCUCCCCUCUGUCUCCUGACAGUCCCAUGCACCAACUUUCAGACUCUUCAGAAGGAGAAACGGGCUACCUUGAGUACCUGCGUGAUGCUCGGAAGGGCAUUGAGCUUUGCUCCUGGGGCUGUCGAGACUGGUCAGCCCCUUACGAUGGAGAAAACCCCUCUCCAAACUCUGCUCCUCUUCCACCUCCGCCUCCUACGUCCAACCCAUCCCUCAGUAUGGUACAAGAGCACUUCUCUGUGAUGGAUCCUGCCCAGCAGAGGGCAGCAGUGGUGGCCGCAGCACGUGCCGAGUGGAGCAGUUCAGAUCGAGAUAGUGGAGAGUGGGACGUUACCAUCAGCAAGAACUGUAUAAGUCUCACCCCCCGCAGUAAGAAACGCAGCCUUCUUCCCAGCUCCAUACCUCUUCAGUCUUCAUCUUCUGCAUCGGUCUCCACAGAAAUAACCGGCGCUUCGGAAACCGUAACCCAACACUCGCGUUCGACUCAUCCAGCUCUCUACAAUGGGAUGGGGCAGGUGGAGUUCACCGACAAUGUGGAUGAGAGAAUGGAGGCCAAGAAAGUGAAAAGGGAUUCAGAUGUAAAUAGUGGAAUGGUGGAGACUGGAAUGAAUGGGUCAAUGGGCCCUGUUGACUACAAUGAUUUCCAUGUAGGAUCAACGCUUAAAUCAUCUCAGGUGCAGUUGAAGCCUCAUCUGCAACAUCAUACCUCCGGGCCCUCAUCAACCCAAGACUGUCUACCAAGUGAGAGUCACAGAUUGUCUCCAGUUCUUGGUUUGACUGAGUCAUCUGCAGUGUCCCGCGAUAGGAAGGGCUCAGAGUCUGUUGAGCGUCUGAUUGAGGAGUUGCUGGAGCGGGCACCAUCAGAACCACUGUCUGGUGACUCGAAGUGUCAGGGAAUCAGCAUUGAGGCUUUCCACCAGGAGCUGAAGGAGCUGGAAGAACGUGUCCGAGAGAGGAGGGUGUCCUCACGCAGCUCAGAGGAAUCCUCUCGGGAGUCCCGGACUGCUCCUCUGCCCAACCUGACGGAUGAAGACUGUCUUCCAGUGGAGACUGAGCAGCGCUGCAGUGAAACCAAGCCUGACAGCUCUACCACUGGGGUAUUUAGUCCCGCUCGACCCCUCGGACAACCUCUUGCUCAGCCGUACACAGGUCCAUUUAUAACAGUCUUGUUCAGUAAACUGGAGAAUAUGAUGCAGAACUCCCUAUAUGUGAACAUUUUGCUGACGGGCGUUGUGUUCCAGCUGGCCUGUUAUCCGCAGCCUCUCCUCCGCUCUUUCCUCCUCAACGCCAACAUGGUGUUUCAGCCCAGCGUCAAAUCACUCAUUCAGGUGCUGGGAACAGUAAAAAAUCGGAUUGAGGUUUUUGCAGCAGCACAUGAGGAUUUCCCUGCCAUGUUGAGAAAGGCUCGACGCUUUCUGGUUGCGAGGGGAAAAUUAGACUGGUCUGACUCAGCUAUGGGAGUCCCCAGUCUCCGCCGAUCAGACUCAUUAAUUAAAAGCCGCAAGCCGUCUCUGGGUGAUCUUAUUCUGAGGCACACCAACAGUCCUACGAGAGCUCGCCAUGCAGCUCAGCUAGCUUUGGCCCACGUGAGGGAUGGAGGACAGUCUCUGCACAGUGCUUUGUUUCGGGGCAGCGCAGCCAGUGGAGCUUCAGGGCUGGAGAAGCAGGCAGAGGCGCUGAGGGUGAAAAACGCAGUCUACUGUGCUGUCAUUUUCUCUGAGUUUCUCAAAGAGCUAGCAGCUCUAGCACAGGAGCACGCCGUAGCUCUACCCUUCCCACCUAGUCAAGGCACAGAGGAAUAACAACAAGGCCUAAAGUUUCCUUUAUACUUUAUCCACUGUUCCUGGCACUGAGCUGUAGAUGAAAAUAUCCCUAAGGUUUUCCUUUUUAGGGAUUUAAGGCACUCAAAGAGACAGGAAAAAAAUCAGUUGCUCGUAAAGGUGAAGAGAGCUCAUCUCUUGUUAAUAGUCUCAUGUUCAUAAUGUAAUUUUUUUUUAAUUGUACAGAACCAUUUAUUCAUUAAGCUUUAGGAAAUUGUGCAUAUAAAUCUUGUAUAUAGUCUAUAUAAAAAUAUCUAUGUGUAUAACGACUUUUGUACACUCAGAGAGACUUGCAUCCUUUAAGCUGGAGGAAUUUGGCCGUAAACUUGCACUCCCUGUGUUUCUCUGUCACUUCAGAGACUAGCUAAAGUAGAUUCACUACACAUGGUUCUUUUAAACUUUUACGGGUGCGAAAGUGCCAUUUACAUUUUUAGCAACGGUUAUUUUGUCUUUUAUAGAAAAUUAGGUCUGUAGGAACACCGGAGUAUAUCACAAAUAAUCAUCUGACCUUUUUUAAAGGACAAGAUGUCAGAUACUGUUUACCAAUCCCAUGCUGGGCAGUAAAUCCCAAGCAUCGCAGCAGGGUUUGCCCUGUUAUGAGACACCUCUGAAAAAUCAACACAAUAUAUGUCAAAAUACCCAACAAGUUCUGCCAAUUUGUUGCUUGAAUCUGUUAACCCAACAGUUAGUCCAUAAAGAGAGGAGGGAGUUCAUUUCUCUAACCAUCAUCCCAAUGGAAGCCUGACGAAUUUAGCAAGGAAAGACUUUUAGUUUUUAUUCUCUCGUUGUGUUGCAGCAGUGAGGUUUAGGGAAAUGCGAAUGGUACAUUCACUCAGCAUGAUAUUACAUAUCGUCUUCAUUUUCUGCAAAGGCACUGAUAUUAAUUAUUAUUUUGUUCUGCACGUAAAGAUCUCCUCCUGUACUGAAUGUUGGCAUCCCUUUUGGCGUCUAACUAGGUGCUAAUGUCUUAAAUUUUUGACUGGGAUGAGCAGAGGAAGCUUGUUUAAUAAUUACCUGUCCCUUUAAGGAGUGAGUGAAGUUAUGUGAAUCAUAAGCCAUCUUAGUGUUGAAACAAAGUGAUGUUUGUUCUGUUCAUUUUUGCAUUUUGUUAGUGUUAUGGCGCAUGAGUGAAAUCAGCCAUAAUGAUUGAUUAUUUUUAUUUUAUUUUUUAAAUUGUUCAUUGCCAAAAUACUUUAGACACUUUAAUUUUCGGAAUGAAAGCUAAGAACAUGCUUGUGCAUUUUGAGUGUUUUUAAUUAAGCAAGUUUUAUUAUUAUUUUCCAGUAUUGCUUUUACCCCUUGUUCCCAAAUGUGUCUUAUAUAUAUAAAAAAAGUCCUGAAAUCAUCCAUCCAAGAGCUCUUUAAUCAUGCACAGACCAUAUGUGCAUUACCUCAGAUACUUAAAGGGAUUGUUUAAAAAAGAAAAAUUGCUUUGAGUUUACUCACCAACAGGCCAUCCAUGAUGUUAGGGACUUUUUUUUAAGGGAAACAUAACAUAAAAACUUUAGCUGAACCUGCGAUGCUUGUUGAUUUAUAUUAUGUUUGUUUUGUGUCAAAAAUAUAGUCAAAAACUAAAUGAAUACAUCUAUCUACUGAUAAUACAUUGAAGUCUUAUGAAGCAUUAUGAUUGUUCUGGUAAUAAGAUAAAUAAUGUUCCGUUUCACUACAUAAUACAUCAAUGUAUUGUCAGGAGCAGCAGGUAUUCAUUUUGGGGUUGGUAGCCAUUGACUUGCAUUUUAUAAAUCACCAAAGACCACAUUUUCAACUAAAAAUCUUCAUUAAUGUAAGAAAAUUGAUCAUCCUACGUCUUUGAUGGCUAGAAGUUGAGCAAAUCAACAGCAAAUUUUCACUAUUGUGCAAACUAUCUCCUUUUUUCAUGUCAUUUUUAAUAAUUCUGUCCAAUCAAAUAUCAUUUAAGGCAUUAUUUUUGAUAUGUAAAAGCAGACAAUGUAUUGAAAGUCAGUUAUACAUGAUUUUUCUAGCUGCUGAAUUGUCAAUCCAUCCAUUUCCCCCCUUAUCCAACCGUCCACACACCAUAUGUGGGACAUUUAACCUGAUGGUUGUCUUUUUUAUUUUUGAUUAAGUUGAUAUCUGGAAUGUUUGGCAUGCAAAUUGAAUAUUUAGGAUAAUGGUUGACCAUGAAAACAUGCUCUAAUGUCUGUGUGGGUGAGAAAGAUGAAAAUGGAAGGAUAAAGGGCAAGAGAUCGAAUGAUGUAACGGUACAUAUGUGUUAGUGUUCAGUCAUCUCUAUGGAGACAGCAGUUAAUACAGUUUCUAAGUUAGAAAUCAAAUAGACCAAUAGAGUUUAUGUGUGUAUUAGAUACCAAUGCACAUCAAACAGCCAUCGUUUCCAGGAUGUAAUAUAUGCUUGAAGUGGUGCAGAAAGCAUGUUUUUCUUUGUAUACAUGUUUAGUAUGAUUUUGAGAAAUCAGGAGCUCAUUGAUUAUGUAUGCUUGCUAUUGGAAAGUUUUUGUUUGAUCCGUUUGCAUUGCACAGUUGUUUUAUCUGUAAUUGGUGUCUUCUUUUCCCCCCCCUCCCCCCUGUUCAUUUAUACGAAUGAAACGUUGACAAGGCCUUUUUGCGGCUUGUUAUCUAUGCAAACUGGUUUCUGAGUAAGCAAAGAUGGUUCACUUUUUGGGGACAAACACAAAGUAAAUUUACAAUCUGGAAGCCCACUUCAAUAAUCUACCGGACUGUGUGCUAACUCAUGCAAAACUACGAAUGUUAUCGAAAUAUUUUUCUAUAUUUAAAAUGGAGUGGAACCAAAUCAAUGAUAAAGUCCUUCAAUGACAAAUACUCACUGAAAGGGAAUGUUUUUAUUAAUUUAUAAAUGUUUUACCUGGCAAUA